UGGGAGUUUGACUCAUUCUGAGAGUAGCAGCCUGUGCAGACUGUGGCCAUGUUCCUUGAUUUAGCAAGGCACAUCUUUGUCCUUAGAUGGUCUUUGAAAUGAAGUAAGAUGUCUUUGAAGCAUCAGUGAGACAUGAUUAAACUGUCUGGAGAAGGAUUACUGCACACGUGCUAUAGUACAAAUGAUCAAAUCGCCCUUAAAAACCUGCAGUCUGAUGUUACAGAGAGGAAGUUGGACUUCACCAAGGAGACACUGGCAUCACAGAGCACAAGAAUGAUAUCGCCUGUGGUCAUUUCCCGGCUGAUUGAUGAAAAGAAAUCUAUGGAAAAUGGAGCAAUAUUGCCACAUGCAAUUGCUCAGCCUCGGCUGUGUCCCACAAAGCCAGCUUUGGCCAGGCGCGAUGGAGUGAGCAUGCACAGACGAUUUGCUCUAUCUCCAGACAGAUUGGGAAUUUUGACUCCAUCAGAUGAUCAAGGACUGGAGACAGAACCGCUGUCUACAGGGGACAAUCUAGGCAAAGGUUCCCACAGUGGUUUCUCGUCUAUCACCAUUACUGCCCGACGUGUGGGCCCUCCAGCCAGCAGCUUGAUAUGGGACACUUUUAGGGACCCACUGUGUCCCAAGUGCAAGGCCAAGAAUGCUCUGUUCCAAGAGCCCCCAGUUCUGGCUAGUGAUGCCCAUCUCUGUCAGCACAAUAGACCCUUCACCUGUACAGAGUUCCCCAGCAAUGGCUCCGUAGAGGGGAUGAAGGUUUCCCAGGCUCACUCAAGGCUGAGUGCAAGGCAGGACUACUGGGUCCCCCACAUGAAUGACAAUGAGGACAGUUUUUCUUCAGACAAUUCACCAUCGAGAAAAGUCCCACUGGUGUUCAGUUCUUGUGUCCACCUCCGGGUGUCUCAGCAGUGUCCCAAUGCCAUUUACUACUUGGACAAGUCUCUUUCUGUUCCCCUUGAGCGACCUCAAAUUGCUAGCCCCAAAAUGCACAGGUCUGUCCUGUCUCUCAGCCUCCGCUGUAGUUCCCACCAGUUAACAGCAGAUGGAGUAGACAGCUCAGCUAAUGGAGAGCCAAUCAGCACAGCUCUAUCACAGGAACUCUCAGAGGGAAAGCAGGACCUCCUAGGUCCACAAUGGGGCCAGCCACAAGGUGGUCACUGGAAAGAGAGCCCAGCAUUGGUGCCAGUACAUUUGGGGAGUGGCACAUGCCCUCGGACUGGCUCCCCUCCACUGGAAAAUGUCAAAUUGGCAGACGUGGGAAGGAACCAGGUCCCAGGACGAAAGGAGAAAGAGGACCAUGCAACAUGUACCAGUAGCAGCCACACCAACCAACUCUCCAUCCAUAUUCCCGGCUGGAGUUACAGGGCUGAAACAAAAGUACUUUCUGGAAGCAUGAAGCAGCAGCAAGAAGCACAAAGAACUCUUCCUGUUUUCCCAGUGGGACAGAAGACCAUUAAACACUUCCCUCCUGAAGGGGACAGUUCACCAAGCAGUGAUGGUCCACCUAGCAUCCUUUCAGAGUCCCAUGAGAGGCAACACCCAUACUUCAUGAUACCCAGAGUUCCUCUGCCUGGGUUUUACUGCCCUUUACAAACUGUGUGUGCCUCUCUGCAGGAAGAUGGUGCUGUUCAGAUAGAAACACACUUCCCCAAAGAUUACACGUGCUGUGACUUGGUUGUAAAACUAAAGGAAUGUGAGAAGAAUGAAGACCCUACUGUCACACCUGAGCCCUCACCAGCAACCCCCUCUCCAUCAACCCCAGAGGGAGCACAGAGCUCUGACCCAUCAGAAGAUAGUUAUGAGCCUCUGCUGGCAAGUUCUAUGACUUUGCAGGAAGCACUGGAAGUCCAUAGACCUCAGUUCAUUUCUCGCUCACAAGAACGGCUGCAAAAGCUUAAGCGCAUGGUACAGCAAAGGAAAACCCAACAAAAGGAGAGCCUGGGGCAGAAGCAGAGCCUACUUCCUGUCCGCGCCAACAAGAAGCAGUUCACCAUUCCCCAUCCUCUUAGUGAUAACUUGUUCAAACCCAAAGAAAGAUGCAUUUCAGAGAAGGAGAUGCAUAUGAGAUCUAAAAGAAUCUAUAAUAAUUUGCCGGAAGUUAAAAAGAAAAAAGAAGAGCAGAAGAAAAGAAUGAUCUUACAGAGUAACCGGCUCCGAGCAGAAGUCUUCAAAAAGCAAUUACUGGACCAGCUCCUUCAAAGGAAUGCAGUUUGAUCCCAGGAGGCUCUGCUAGCUCUGGAUCUGGGAACACCUGACGACGACGCUGGAUGAACCGUUACAUUUAACACUAUCUCCACACGUGCAAGACACCUUUACUCCUGAUUUCUCUUUUUCCCACAAAGGAAAUGUCACUUUCUGAAUGUCCCAAACAGAAGCAACAGUCCGGCAGGCAAUGGAUCAGCAGUCCAUUGCUGGGACUUCAACACCUUACCCGACUUAGUCCCUUCCAGCUUCCUUGGCUUGUGAAUUUUACCCACUGCUUCUGAAGUUUCCAUUGUACCAAUUCCACCCAAGCAGGAAAGCUUAUACUCACGUGUGCUUGG